AGAAAACAAAGCAACAUAAGCAUGCCAUUAAAAAGCAGUUCUCCAGAAAUAAGCAGGGUGCACCCAGAACCAGCCAGGCAGAAAGAAGCAGAAGUAGAGGCUGAGGAAUACAACUGCAGCAAUGGAAAGAGCGGAAGAAAUAGUGCCAAGUGUAUUUCUAGAACAGUCAGACGAAAGACAACCCCAAAUCCAGGACAUAUCCAGGCAGUCUGAAGAAGACCAGCAAGAUGCUACCUUAGACGAAGACAAAGGCCAUGAAAUUCCUUUUGAAGAUGAAUCAAUCAAGGGCGCUGCGAGUUUGGGGAGAAAGACUAUCAGAAAGCAGAGCAAGCUGGAGGACAGGACCAGCCUACAAGGUAGCACGCAGAGAAGCAGCUCAAGACAUCACAAAGUGAAGCACCGAAAUGCUGACACUGAUUUUUCAGAGCAAGAUAGCAGAAGACAAGACAACAGACAACCUCAAGAAAGCCCAAGUGGGAACUCACAGAGUGGCUUCUCAGAGAAAUCCAAUCCAAUAUGCCGCUAUCCCCAGGACACUUCCAGAGAAUGGCAAGAUUCAGAAAGUACAAACCCCUAUGCUGACCUAGUGCAGCGCUUACGUGCUACCUGGAUGACAGGAAAGACACAUCCUAAGGCGUAUCGAGUCCACCAACUGGAGGGCCUGUGCCACUUUCUGGAAGAAAGGCAUGUAGAUAUCCAGCGUGCCCUGUGUGCAGACCUACACAAGCCCUGCUUUGAAACUGAGAUCACUGAGAUUCUCUUAGUCAGAAAUGAACUGGCCAACGCUCUUAACAACUUAAGCUGCUGGAUGAAGGAUGAAAACGUUCACAAGAACCUAGCAACAAUGCUGGAUUCUGCCUUCAUUCGCAAGGAUCCAUAUGGUGUGGUGCUGAUCAUUGGAGCCUUUAACUUCCCUGUCCAGCUUACUUUGGUGCCCCUUGUGGGAGCCAUUGCAGCUGGGAAUUGUGUGGUGCUCAAGCCUUCAGAGGUGAGCAGCUACACUGAAAAGCUCCUUGCAGAAGCAUUGCCUUGUUAUCUGGAUCCGCAAACCUUUGCUGUGGUGACAGCUGGUCCUGAAGAAACAGGAAAAUUACUGGAAAAUAAGUUUGAUUAUAUCUUCUACACAGGGAAUAACAGUGUAGGAAAGAUCGUCAUGACUGCUGCAGCAAAACAUUUGACACCAUUGAUUCUGGAGCUGGGGGGUAAAUGUCCCUGUUAUGUGGAUAAGUGCUGCAAUUUCCAGAAUGCAGCCAACCGAAUUGUAUGGGGAAAAUUUGUCAAUGCUGGACAGACUUGUAUUGCACCAGAUUAUGUGAUCUGUACAAUUGAAACACAAGAGCAGUUGCUGCCUUGCCUGCGCCAAGCUAUCCACGAAUUUUUUGGCAAAGAUCCCAAGAAGUCACAUGAUUUUGCCCGCAUGGUCAAUGACAAGCAUUUCCAGCGCGUCCAAGCUUUGCUGGAAUCUGGCCGGGUGGCCAUUGGUGGAGAGACCGAUGAGUAUGAGCGUUAUAUUGCUCCCACAGUGUUGGUGGAUGUGAAAGAAUGGGACCCAGUCAUGCAAGAGGAGAUUUUUGGGCCCAUCCUGCCAAUAUUCAUUGUGAGAGAUGUGGAGGAAGCCAUAGACUACAUCAAUUGUGGAGAACGUCCACUAGCUGUGUAUGCCUUCUCCUCUGAUUCCAAGGUUGUGAACCAGGUACUGGAUUGUACUAGCAGUGGUACCUUUUGUGGUAAUGAUACCCUGAUGCAAGCAGUAUCGGUUUCCCUACCAUAUGGUGGCAUUGGAUUCAGUGGAUUUGGCAAAUACCAUGGCAAGUUUACUUUCGAUACAUUUACUCACCUACGGGGCUGUCUUUUGCGUUCCAUGGGCCUGGAGAUAAUGAACAAAAUGCGCUACCCACCAUACAACAAUAUAAAAUUGAGAGCAAUGGUCUCUACUUUGGAGGUCAGGCGCAAUAUCCUGUGAACUUAGCUGUGAGGCUUUGAAUCACAUCAUCUGCAUUCUUAAGGUUCUUCAAUCAAGAAUUUUGGUGUAGUUGAGAGAUUUUUUCCUUUAUCAGUUGGCUCUAGAAUUUUGCCUUCAAAGAUCCUUGAAAAACACUCUGUUUGGCAAAUCUUAUUUUCACCAUCUUUGCAUCUUAUAACUUUUCUUUAUCCUGUAUCAGCUUCUAUAAAUUCAAUAUUUAGUAGUGGUUAGAAAACUUAGGGACAUCCUCCAUUUCUCUUUGCACAGUUUUGGGUAUAUAACGUAUCUUCAUUUCCAGCAAGGACUAAUUAUACAAUUAAUGUUUCUGUGUAAAAUUUCAUCUUGAUUUUAACACAUCAAGCCAAUUCUGCUUCAAAAUUUACAAGCAUUAGAUUCUUCGCUAAAAAUGGACAAGAACAGUUCCUCUUUAUAGUGGAGCAAUCAUUCUGAUUAAUAUUUUUAUACAAUAAGGGUAGCAACAUGGAUGGUCUUUGUAAAAUAAUCAAACUAUUUCUUUGUGAAUAUUUAAAUAUUGGAUCCAUUACAAAAAAAUUAAUUCUCAAAGAAAUUCAAAGCUAAGCUAAUGCAGGUUGUUAUACAUAAAUAUAUUUUGUCAACAAUGCAUUUUCUAUAUUUGGAUACUCUAAAACUCAGACAUGCCCUCCUUAAUUAUAUUUCCUUCAAUAAAUUUCUCUACAGUUACAGUUCAGAUUCAUUAUUCUAUCAGUGAUUUCUACACUACUCAGCACAAAGCAUAAUAAUUUAGAAGUAUAGUAUGUUCUAUCAAGCUCAGAGAUUUAUUUUUAUGUAAAUCUGCUAAUUGCAAACUUACUGAGAUUUCCUGCAAUCUUGCAUUUUCAGGUAAAUGUUUUGCUUCUGUAAUAAAUAUCUUGCAUCAAAACUUGCAAAUAAUUGUCUAAUUAUUUAAUAGUGCUAUCAACUGAUGUAGGUAUUA